GAAUAAAAUAUUCAAAAUGUUGCAGAUAUACAAAGAUAUUACUCACUCUUGGUUGCCUCACCCAUGUUACGGAGUAUUUCGACUGUGAGAAAAUAAGUUUUCAAACAUUUGUCCCACAAUUGUUUAAAGAAUCUGAAAAGUUUUCAACACAUUAGAUAAAUCCCACAGUAUGUGAAAAGUGGCCGAAGCUAAGUGACCAUAGUUGUUCGAAAUGUGAUUAGUAUGCAUUUGAAAAAUAUGCGCUUCGUUAAGUUAAAAUGGCCUUAGUUGAAAACUGUUUUUGUUGUAGUUUGCAAAUUGCAUCAGGAUUUUUCGCAGCUUAUUUAUUGAUUGCUUAUCUAAUUGCAUUCGCAUUCGAGUUACUAUGGAUCUUAGAAUCGGAGGUAGCGUUACCAUCAGCAGCUGUACUAUUGAGUGCAGGAUAUUUCGCAAUGGCUCUUUUUGCAGCUCUACUUAUCCACGGUUUAGCAACGAAAAAUGCAGUUUGUCUCUUAAGUUGGAUGUUAUCUGUUACAUUACUUACUUUUCCAGAAGCCGGUUUAGUCAUUUAUAUGAGUAUCCAAUAUUGGAGAAUAGAAAGUCUUUAUGGUAUAACAGAAUUAGCUUGCUGGUUAAUUAGAAUAAUAAUAAAUGUGAUAGAAAUUAUCCUAAUCCAUUCUUUACAUACGAAGUGGAAAGAAGAGGAAUUAGUACAUAAGAGAAUUAGAGACUUAAAUAUGGUGGCCAUACCGGUACAAGGGGACAAUUUACCAACUCUAAAUAGUCAAUUUUAUCAAAAUAAUGCGUACGAUACGUCUUUGGAACAAUUUACAAAUGCUCCGAGGUAUGGAUCUACUCCAAACUUAUGGAGCAAUCCAGUUACUAGUAAUAUGAUGAUGAGUUUACCUUUCGAUGGUUACCAAUUUUAUACGACGAGCGAAUUCAACGCUAGCAUAUUCGUACCGAAUUUCGCUAAUAAUAUUGGAAGUUUAUCAGCUAAAAAAGCCCAAUCGCUAAUGGACCUCCGAUUACUGGAGGAGCAUACAAUGCUUAGCGAGAAACUGAAUCACCAAUAUCACCCUUGGAUUACCCAGUCGAUAUCAGAAACGAGCAGCGCAAUAAUUCCUACCAUGUCCGAAAUGCCUCCGAAACAAACGAAAUUAACGAAAUGCGCUUCGGUGGACGCUCUGAACGUCAUCAACAAAGGAAAUCACAUAAUUAAAAACAGGACUGGUUUUUACGCCCAACCUAUAGCUGAUUAUGGAGUUCCUAUUUAUUAUGGUCCGUUAGACGGUCCAGAUUUUCUAAUAUACAAGAAAAAAAUUGACAAGAUGCAUAGUAAAACUUCCCUUACUAAUACUACGAACACUUCUGCUGAAGAUGUACAGAAAUAUCGAGAUGUGGCUUUGUAAUUGUCUGUGAUUGAAGGUUUUUCUGUUAAUUCAAUUCAAACCAUCAAAACUAUUCCCUAUUAACCAUUAAUUAACAAGUGAAAAUUAUAUUUUCCUCGUGGAAACCACUUUUAGCAUAAGUUUACAUAAAAAUGUAUAUAUUUUUAAAUAAAUUUAUAUUUUUA